AUGUUAGAAAAAGAAGAUUUAAUAUGGUUACCUUAAACUGAAUUUAAAGAUAAAAGAGAUCUUAAAUCAUUACCUGCAGAGUGGCAUAGGAAUUAAGAUAUACAAUUAUAAACUUUAAAGAUUUACAGUUCAGUUUAAUUAAAAAUGCAUUCUAAUGCUCCUGUUCUAACUAAGAAUUCUCAAAACCAAUUAGUAAUAUACACAUCUAUGAAUAAAGAUGUUUCAAAGCCUGUUAAUUUAUUUGAUCCAUUAUCUGAAUUAGAAACAUCUGAUAAUCCUGAUUAAAUAGCUUAUAAUUAAGUCCUACCAAAUAUUUCUACAAGUAAAAAUGAUACUUCUUUAUUUGACGAGGAUGAUGAUUCAUCAAUUUAAUUAGUGACUCAAAUAACUGUCGAACCAGAAGAAGCUAUGAUAGUUUUAAUUGACGUUUCUGGAUCAAUGGAGAAAGAAUACUAUAAAAGUGAAUUUUGACUAGAUUAGGUGCAGUUAAGGCAUUUUUUAAUGCUUUUGCAGAUAGAA